GAGGCCGGGGCUGGGGUUGCGGAGGGAACUGGAACUGGGCUUGCCCUAGGGGAAGGCGGUGUGGUCAGUCCGUCCCCUCCUCACACCCUACUCUGAAGGGGUGGCCAUAGAGGAGAGGUUGGGGUUGGAGCAGCGGCGAGGGGGCCCCUCCCUGGCACCUCCCCCCACUAGACUUGGUCGCGCCCGAAGUGUAACACUUUCUCUUUGUCGGAGGAGCUCCACUGUUUCCUGUGCAGCAGCUCCCGUUGCAGCGGCACCCGUAGCAGCCCUGGCGGACGAAGGAGCGAUGGCAGCGGCCGAUAUAACUCGCCAGGUGGGUGAAGGUUGCCGAACUGUCCCCCUGGCUGGACAUGUGGGGUUUGACAGCUUGCCUGACCAGCUGGUGAAUAAGUCAGUCAGCCAGGGCUUCUGCUUCAACAUCCUGUGCGUGGGAGAGACAGGUUUGGGCAAGUCCACCCUCAUGGAUACCUUGUUCAACACCAAGUUCGAGGGGGAGCCAGCCACCCACACGCAGCCUGGUGUCCAGCUCCAAUCUAACACUUAUGAUCUCCAAGAGAGCAACGUGGGGCUGAAGCUCACAAUUGUUAGCACUGUGGGCUUUGGAGACCAGAUCAACAAGGAGGACAGCUACAAGCCCAUUGUGGAUUUCAUCGAUGCUCAGUUUGAGGCCUACCUGCAGGAGGAGCUGAAGAUUCGGAGAGUGCUGCAUUCCUACCAUGACUCCCGAAUCCAUGUCUGCUUGUACUUCAUUGCCCCUACAGGGCAUUCACUGAAGUCUUUGGACCUAGUGACCAUGAAGAAACUGGAUAGUAAGGUGAACAUCAUCCCCAUCAUUGCCAAAUCAGAUGCCAUUUCUAAGAGUGAGCUAUCAAAGUUCAAGAUCAAAAUCACCAGCGAACUUGUGAGCAAUGGGGUCCAGAUCUAUCAGUUCCCCACAGAUGAUGAAUCCGUGGCAGAGAUCAACGGAACCAUGAACGCCCACCUGCCGUUCGCCGUGGUUGGCAGUACAGAAGAAGUGAAGAUAGGGAACAAGAUGAUGAGAGUGCGGCAGUAUCCUUGGGGGACAGUGCAGGUUGAUAACGAGGCCCACUGCGACUUUGUGAAACUUCGGGAGAUGCUGAUUCGGGUCAACAUGGAGGAUCUGCGGGAGCAGACCCACACCCGGCACUAUGAACUGUACCGUCGCUGUAAGCUGGAGGAGAUGGGCUUCAAGGACACCGACCCUGACAGCAAACCCUUCAGCUUACAGGAGACAUAUGAGGCGAAAAGGAAUGAGUUCCUAGGGGAGCUCCAGAAAAAAGAAGAGGAGAUGAGGCAGAUGUUCGUCCAGAGAGUCAAAGAGAAGGAAGCUGAGCUCAAGGAGGCAGAGAAAGAGCUGCAUGAGAAGUUUGACCGUUUGAAGAAACUGCACCAGGAAGAGAAGAAGAAGCUGGAGGAUAAGAAGAAAACCCUGGAUGAUGAAAUAAACACUUUCAAACAGAGAAAGACGGCAGCUGAACUUCUCCAGUCUCAGGGUUCGCAGGCUGGGGGCUCACAGACUCUGAAAAGGGACAAAGAGAAGAAGAAUUAAUUCUGCUGUUUGCUGCAUGCUGCAUGAGAUCCAGGGUCCUGUAAUCCAUGGCUGUGUACUGAAUAGUAUGCCCCGCUACAGCUGGACUGGACUCCACUUAGCCUUUUAAACGAAGGUUCCUAUUUUAACUGACAACUUUUCUUUCUGGUGCUUGGCAGCUGGGCCCUCCACCCCCUGCUGUGGUACCUCAAGCCUCACCUUUUUUUUUUUUUUUUGAGUUCUGCAACUUGUUCCUGCCUCCCAGCCCCACUGGUACAGACCAUGACCUUCUUCCUUUUCAUUUUUUGAUUUUUAAAGACAGGGUCUCACUAUGUUGCCCCAGCUGGCCUGGAACUCGCUAUGUAGACCAUUCCAGGCUGGCCUCAAUCUCACAGUGAUCGACCUGCCUCUGCCUCCUGAGUGCUGGGAUUAAAGGUAUGCACCACAAUGCCCAGUUCCUUUUCAUGUUUUCAGGGUGAUUUUAUAAUCACUUCCUUUAAAACACACAAGGCAAUGCCAAACUUUGCAGGCCUUCUGAAGUGGUGUUAAAAAAGUGGGUUAUUCUGGACAAUUAUAGUUAAUACUAGGAAACAAAAAGUAGGAAUAGCUAAAGACAAGCAUGUAAAUGCAUGCAUUUUCUCUUUUCUUGUUUGCAAAGUGAGAAGAAAUUUUGAUAUGUAUUGGUUGGUGGCCAGAGGCAAGUAUAGGGCGACGAUGGGAAAGCAUAAGUUAGAUUCUUGGGAAAAAAUUCAAGUCGAAGUGAAGCAUUUUUAGGAGAUCCUUUGCCUGGAAAUAAAACCAAGCAAGAUCACCAAGAACAGGAAGAUGAAAGCAGAAUCCUCAAAUCCCCUCAGAUACACCACCAGUUGGUAAGAGAGACAGGCUGCUGAGUUAGAGCUGUCUGGGUCUCCUUGAGAGAGGCCCCUUAUUUACAGCCUUGGGUUUUUAAAAUCCACCUUCCCAGACUGCCAACUAGUAAUAACCAUCCCCCUGAAGAAGUAUGUGCCUUAUAAGCAGGAGGCCUCUCAUUUAUAUUUGUAUAUAGAUUUGCUACUAGAGGCUUGCGGAUCUCAAACUACUUCACAAGUAUUUGAGCCACACAACCUUCUGAAAGCAAGCAGAACUGUAUAUAGAAGAGAGCUUUUUUGGUCAGUGUGACAGAAAUAACUUCCUGUUCUGUAGGAGUAAAUCGAAGCCCAGAGAACUGAAGGGACUUGUCUAAGGUCCCACUGCUAUUUCUUGGCAAAACCCAACCCAAGCUAUGUUUUAUAUCUCCUGUUCUCAAUCCAUCUCAUCAAGGGAUCCAAUUAUUUACAUGUUCCUGGAGACAAGGUUUUUUUUUUUUUUUGUUUGUUUUGUUUUUUUUUUGAUGUUCAAAGAAACCAGUCAGUGUUAGAGGAGUCUUGAGGGUUUUCACAUGGAAAAACACCCCAGGAUGGGAUGGGUAGAAGAAGGCAAAGUGACAGCUCCAGACCAUAUGCCAUGGCACCUACCAGAUAGUUUUCCUAUAAGUCUGGACCAGGACCAGGGCAGUGUACAUUUCACUAGUACCCCGUGUGGAUCCUUGUAAUGAAGGAAGUUUGAUAGAUAUAAAAGGCAAUUGAACCUAUUACAAUAAUUCAGAUACUUACUGAGCAGCUUUUCUCACUGUAGACAGAAAGGUUUUUGAU